AUGGAGAGCCCGCACGAGCACCAGCAGAACCUGCUGCUUUCGCGUAUCAUCACAAACGUCGAAAAACUAAACGAAGCCAUCGUCGUGAUGAACAAGAGCCUCCAGGAGAUUAAUGUCCAAAACAUGAACGUGGAGCUCGUCGCCCAGAUGUUCAAAAACUACCAGUCCAACGUCCUGUUUCACCUUGAAGCCACGGAUAAUUUGAAACCCCCUUCAUGA